UACAGUAAUGAAAAUAAUACCACCAGCGACAAAGCCAUUAAAGUACAAUCAAAAAAAAUAAUAACCGGUUAGUAAAAGUACGAGCAAACGAGAACGAGAAUUCUCACGCAGGCGCAAAUCAACUUGCACGUCAAAUUUCCCAACAUGGCCGCAUCUGAACCUUCACGAAUUAAAAUCAUGGAUUCGUAUUAUUCAAUGGGGGAUCACACAUUGAAAGUUCCAAUGUCGCUUUUUCGGAAAAACCGUGAUAGACUAAUUGCCCGGUUGAGGGAGACACCGGACGUUCCAGCUGCUGGUGCCGUUGUAUUGUUGCAGGGGGGUUCGGAAGUUCCAUUCAAUGAUACCGACAUUAAUCACGAAUUCCGACAGGAAUCUUUUUUUCAAUGGUGUUUUGGGGUUGAAGAGCCCGACUGUAUGGGAGCGAUAGACGUCACUACAGGAAAUUCCAUACUUCUGGUUCCGAAAUUACCCAAAGAGUACGAGGUAUGGUGUGGAAAAUUAAAAACUUUGGAUGAUUUCAAGGCGAGAUACGGUGUCGACGAAAUUUAUUAUAAUUGUGACGUAGAAUCACUCAUGCAUCAAUUAAAUGCAAAAAUGAUAUUGACUUUGUAUGGCCUAAACAGUGAUAGCAACCUCUUAUCUCGUGAAGCGACAUACGAAGGCAUAAAACAAUCGCAAGUCAACAAUAAAAUUUUGUACCCAGUUAUUUGUGAAUGUCGCGUUAUAAAAACAAGCGAGGAGCUCGAAGUACUCCGUUAUGUCGCCAAAGUUAGCUCCGACGCUCACAAAGUCGUGAUGCGAAAUGUCCGUCAUAACUUUACGGAAUUUCAGGCUGAAGCGCUCUUCAAACAUUACGUGUAUUCGAUAGGUGGCUGUCGUCAUGUAUCAUACACGUGCAUUUGUGGAAGUGGACACAAUGGGUCGUAUCUACAUUAUGGACAUGCCGGUGCACCCAAUAAUAAAAUUAUUAAGGAUGGCGACAUGUGUCUUUUCGACAUGGGUGGCAAUUACUGUGGCUACGCUGCUGAUAUAACUUGCAGUUUUCCAGCAAACGGUAAAUUCACAGAGAAUCAAAAGAUCGUUUACAAUGCUGUACUGAACGCUCGCAACGCUGUGAUGAGCGCUGCGAGACCUGGAGUCAACUGGUCCGACAUGCACCUCCUGGCAAACAAAGUUAUGCUUCAAUCACUUAAGGAGGGUAAUAUUUUGCGCGGGGAAAUCGAUGAUAUGAUAGAAGCAGGCCUCAAUGAAGUUUUCCAGCCUCAUGGCUUAGGCCACUUUUUGGGUCUUGAUGUGCAUGAUGUUGGGGGUUACCUACCGGGAAAUCCAGAACGCUCAGCUAUGCCGGGUAUUAGAAGAUUACGGACUGCCAGAACAUUGCAAGCUGGAAUGGUUUUGACCAUUGAACCCGGAUGCUACUUUAUCAAUGUCCUUUUAGACUCCGCACUCGCCAAUCCCGAACAAAAUAAGUUCAUUGUUUCCGAAAGAUUAGAACAGUUUCGCGGAUCAGGUGGCGUCAGGAUCGAGGACGAUGUCUUGAUAACCGAAGAUGGCGUCGAGAACUUUACUUCUGUACCACGCACAGUCAAGGAGAUCGAGGAAUGGAUGGCUGAGGGUCGUAACGACUUGCAAUUACCUCAGGAACGAGCUGCCACAUCAUUGUCAUUUUUUAAUCAUUCCUCAUGAACAAAUUUAUUCGAUCAAUGAAAACGUGUAAUACGAUGAAAAAUAUUUUUAUCUAUUCCAUUCAUAUAUUAAUAUAUAAAUGAAUAUAUACAUUGUAAUGAACUGUACGAUGUUAUGUAAACUUUUCGAAUGACGAAAAGAAAUCAGCCACUCUUUAAAAUUUUAUAAUUCAUUUUGAAUAAUCAUUUCGUAUUUAAAAAAUCA